AGCCGCACUCAUGCGCAGCGGGGCGGUAACGGGGUGACGCUCUGAGCGUGGGUUGAAACUCUCACGGAUCCGGUUCCGCCCUCUCUCUCGUUGCCGACCCUUUGGGGCUAGUGCCCGAGAUCCCUUUCCCAGGGUGCUCUGCGCUGUGAAGAAGCGGCUCCCGGGGACUGGGGGCAUUUUGUGUUGGCUGGAGCCGGAGGAACAAGAUGGCGGCAUCGGCGGAGUGACAGGGGUCCUUUCGGGCCGGAGCCGGCGGCACUGGUGGCAGCAGUCUCGCCACCCUGAACUCACCAAGCCCCUUUUCAAGCCCGCGACGUCGCCGCGAAAGCGAGACAGCGGCAGCCGCCCAGAAACAACCAGUCCAGCCUAGUAACCGCGAGAAUUGCCUCACAAUCGGCGCCUGGGCUAAAAGAACCCUGACUGAGCUGCGGUGAUCGGAAUCCGCGUCGGCCGAUUCUGGGCCCUGUAACGCCGGGGAAAGGCCUCCGUUGUCUGUUUGCUGCCUCCCUCCUCCGCAGCAUUGCCCGGCGGACCAUCCUCAGAGGCCUCCGUCGUCCCUUCUGAGGUGUCGGGGCUUUGCCCCAGUCUCUCAGGAUGGCGAGCAGCAGCGGCUCCAAGGCCGAAUUCAUUGUCGGAGGGAAAUACAAACUGGUACGGAAGAUCGGGUCCGGCUCCUUCGGGGACAUUUAUCUGGCGAUUAACAUCACCAAUGGCGAGGAAGUAGCAGUGAAACUAGAAUCGCAGAAGGCCAGGCAUCCCCAGUUGCUGUACGAGAGCAAACUCUAUAAGAUUCUUCAAGGUGGGGUUGGCAUCCCCCACAUACGGUGGUAUGGACAGGAAAAAGACUAUAAUGUGCUAGUUAUGGAUCUUCUUGGACCCAGCCUUGAAGACCUCUUCAAUUUCUGUUCAAGAAGGUUCACGAUGAAAACUGUACUUAUGUUGGCUGACCAGAUGAUCAGUAGAAUCGAAUAUGUGCAUACAAAGAAUUUUAUACACAGAGACAUUAAGCCAGAUAACUUCCUAAUGGGUAUUGGGCGUCACUGUAAUAAGUGUUUAGAAUCUCCAGUGGGGAAGAGGAAAAGAAGCAUGACUGUUAGUACUUCUCAGGACCCAUCUUUCUCAGGAUUAAACCAGUUAUUCCUUAUUGAUUUUGGCUUGGCCAAAAAGUACAGAGACAACAGGACAAGGCAACAUAUACCUUAUAGAGAAGAUAAAAACCUCACUGGCACUGCCCGAUAUGCCAGCAUCAAUGCACAUCUUGGUAUUGAACAAAGUCGCCGAGAUGACAUGGAGUCAUUAGGAUAUGUUUUGAUGUAUUUUAAUAGAACCAGCCUGCCAUGGCAAGGAUUAAAGGCUGCAACAAAGAAACAGAAAUACGAAAAGAUUAGUGAAAAGAAGAUGUCUACGCCUGUUGAAGUUUUAUGUAAGGGAUUUCCUGCAGAGUUUGCCAUGUACUUAAAUUAUUGUCGUGGGCUGCGCUUUGAAGAAGCCCCGGAUUACAUGUAUCUGAGGCAGCUAUUCCGCAUCCUUUUCAGGACCCUAAACCACCAAUAUGACUACACAUUUGAUUGGACAAUGUUAAAGCAGAAAGCAGCACAGCAGGCAGCAUCUUCCAGUGGGCAGGGUCAGCAGGCCCAAACCCCCACAGGCAAGCAAACUGACAAAACCAAGAGUAACAUGAAAGGUCCUAAAGAUGAGAAGUUGGAUCCACUGAGUUAGUAUGUUUCCUCGAAAAAAAAAGUUGCAAUUAAACUUAAGUUAAAUCCUUAUUUUGUAUUGUAGCGAUUUUUCAUAAAAGUACUUUGGAAAAGUAAAGGAAUAAAGUACUCAUAUCUGUCCUCAGGGCUUGGCACAAAUACUUGGCACAGGUUUCUAAGCAUGAAUUGUGGAACAGAAGAAGCAGAGCAGAUGAUUGGAGCAGCAUUUGUUUCUCCCCAAAAUCUAGAAAUUUUAGUUCAUAUGUGCACUAGCCGGUGGUUGUGGACAACCAUUUACUUGGUGUAAAGAACUUAAUUUCGUUAUAAACUGGCUCUGGGCAGCAUUGGUGAUGCUGUAUCCUGAGUUGUAGCCGCUGUAAUUGUGAAUAUUAACUGAGGUAGUGAAACAUGGUGUCCGGUUUUCUAUUGCAUUUUUUCAAGUGGAAAAGUUACCUAAAUGGUUGACACACACAAAUUGGUGGAGACAUUGUGCAUAUGCCAAUUUUUUUGUUAAGAUCCUUUAUUUUGAACUAUACUGCUUUGAAAUCUCAUUUCAGAAGAACGGCAUGAACAGUCUUCAGUGACAGUUGUGAUGGUUGUAAAUUCUCACAACUGUUCGUUCUUAGGGUUGUUCCACCCCUGGGGUUUGCAAGUUGUUCACUUAAAACAUUCUUAAAAUGGCUGGCUUCUUGUUUGCAAGCCAGCUGAUAUGGUAGCAACCAAAGAUUCCAGUGUUUGAGCAUAUGAAAGACUCUGCCUGCUUAACUGUGCUAGAAAUAACAGCAUCUAAAGUGAAGACUUAAGAAAAACUUAGUGACUACUAGAUAAUCCUUAGGACUCUGCAUUAACUCUAUAAUGUUCUUGGUAUUAAAAAAAAAAAGCAUAUUUGUCACAGAAAUUUAGUUAACAUCUUACAAUUGAACAUGUAUGUAUGUUGCUUAGAUAAAUGUAAUCACUGUAAACAUCUAUACGAUCUGGGAUUUUGUUUUUAUUUUGAAAUGGGAGCUUUUUUUUGUUUACAAGUUCAUUAAAAACUAAAAACUGUUUCUGUAAGGAAAUGAGAUUUUUUAAACAACAAGAAAAAUGCCUUGCUGACUCACUCUGAAAUAAAAACUCUCCCUGAUUUUUUGAUAGACUACUUCAAGCCAUUUAUUACAUGAUAUUCCUUUGAUAAGUUGAGUUAGAUUUAAUGUAUGACUUUUCCUCAAAAAAAAAAAAAAAACCUUUUUUUUUUUUUUUUUAAAUUUUAAGAUGUUUUGGGUUUUUCCCCUCUGAAGGGAAAAGGCAGUCUUUCAGUUUUUUCUUUGUUUCUUUUCUUCUUUUUUUUAAUGACUUGCAGGCACAGUACCUGGUUCUGCAACUGCCAGAACUUAGUAUUGAAUCUGCUGCUGCAGCUGACUAACAGCUGGACUGAUUUUGAGUAAGAAUGAAAGCGUUAAAGGGUUUGACUACAAGAUUUUUUUUUUUUUUAGCUACAUGUGAAAUGGCUCUAGGCAGUCGACUCUUAUCCUUGGAAAGCAUCAUCGCACUGUGUGAGGCCCAAGUGAGUGCUGACCCUCUAAUCCUAGCCCCAACCUGCUUCUCUGUCAGUCAUUCUCUGUGCGCUUCCCUCAAUCUGACUUGCGCGCUCUUUUCUCUCAACCAAGAGAAAGGAAAUGUAUUGAUGAUAAUUCCUUGAAUAGUGUAAUUUAUUCGUUUAUAGCACAUCAGGAUAAAUUAAAAAAGAAUACUUCUCUGAAAAUGCUGCCAGGAGCCUAUUGUGUAAAUGUAGGUAUUUUGUAAAAUCUUGGACACUGUAAAUUGACAUGUGUUUGGUCAGAUUGUAUCGGGUUUAAUUUUCUUUUUUAAAUUAUUUCUCAUUCAAAACUGUUUUAGCAAUAAUUAAUUCCAUGGGUUAACCACCACAUUCUGCCAUGAAGGAAUACGUUAGUGUGAACCUUAAUGCUGAAGAAAUCUUAGUAGAUCUGAAUUUGGGUGUAGGCAGCUUCUUUGUUUCUUUUCUAACCAUCCUUGUCAGUUAAGGUGUUUGUUUCUUGACUAAUAAACCCUUUGAUACUUUUAGCCAGAAAUCAGUCUCAUAAAGCUAUUUUUGAGUAUAGUUUGUGUAAAAUAAAUUUGUUUAGCUUUGGUAAGAACUUUUCCAAGCUGAACUCCCUCUAGCAAGAUAUUUUUCAGUGCUUUCAUUUACUAUGCACUUAGACUAUGCACUUUUUCUGAGAUAUUUUUGUAACACUUUUUUGUAUUUUUGCCAUUUGAAAAGGUUGUGGUGUAGUUGGUCUGUAAUUAAGUUGCAGAUUUAAAACUGCUGUUAGCUUUGUAAAUCAAAAUAUAGGUGUUUUUUGUCUUGGUAUAUUGUCACUCCAUCUGCAGCUGGAGCUGGAAUGCCAUUGAUCUUCUAGCUACCAUUCAUUUUCUUCACAGUUCACAAAAGAAGAAUGUGAAAUGCAGUGAAUGCUGUUACUAAUCCUGUCGGGAAAUGAAUCUCAUUUCACCAAAAUUAUGUUUUUCCACUAAAAUGAUGAUACAAGUUUGAAGACACAUCAAUCUGAAAUUGGAAGACCUCACCACUUAAGGCUCCACAGUGGCUUACUGAGCUGAACUUUAGGUCACUACUCUUUACUUUGUUCACCCACUGGGGGGUGCAGUUUUUUUUAAAUGUUGGGAGAUGGCCAUUCUAACUACUGUUGAAUGUCUGUUUUGGGAAGGUAUAAUGAGAAAAUAAAAAAGAAUAUAUAUGAA